GAACGCGCCAGUGAUACGACGAUGCUACUCCCGACACUUCUUUUCUUCGGCGCAGUGUCUGCUCAGACAUCUGUCACACUUGGUAAUACAUUUACUGAUGAUGUUUCGUGGGUAACGGGGCCAACGGGGGCUACGCAAGUGAGGGCUCGGGAAACAUCAACAUCAUCUUCAUCUUCGACGACCGCACCGCCAACCACACUAGGCUACUAUUCCAAUGACGAGACAGCAGGAACACCUACGGUCACUGUUUGGGCGCCGGUGAUAGCUUCAACUGCUGGGGUAUACUAUGUGACGUCGCAAAGCAAUUAUUGGAGACAAUGUUCCUACUAUGUAUCGUCUUCGACCUUCACCAUAACCAGCUUGUCCUCAACCUCCCGGUCCUACUCAUCCUCAUUUAUGACGACUUCGGGUACCUAUUCGUGUCCUAUAUGGACCGAUUGUCAAGCCGGAACCCUGUCUGGCAUCGGAGUGUCACCAUCCUUCUGCCAAAAUGGUCCAUCGAGAUGCAUGACAUAUACGCUUUUCGACAGCUGGAGCGGCACACCAACUAUGACAUCGCUGGGUUGUUAUACAACUACCAACUCACAGGAGAUAUUUGAGACUGCCAUCUACCAAAAGAAGCCUGAAUCAACUGGCCUCACCAAACCUGCGACCUCUACCCCACCCGCCGAAGGGUCAUCAGACACGCCACCCCCUCCAGCAGCCCCUCCAGCCACGAAUAAUACUAGCGCAAUCGCCGGUGGUGUGGUGGGCGGAUUGGCUGUUCUAGCUAUAGCAGGAGUGGCUGUAUUCUGGAUUCUACGACGUAGUAAGCGCAGGAGGGACGAAGCAGCGGCUCCUCUCGACACGAACGCGAAUACUGGAUACGACCCCUACUUGCAGAACCCACAAGCCCCUACUGGCUACUACCAACCUACCUACCAACAUGAUAAACCGGAGCUGCAGGGCGAUGUGCAGGCGCCGAUAUAUGAAGCGCCUCCUAAUGCGGCUGGAUACGUUGUGCCCCCGUCCAGAGGCCAGUCGCCAAAUCACUCCGCAAUGUCGACUAGCCCUGUACCACCUAACGCUGUUGGGGAAUUACCAACCUCUCCCGGUGCAAAAUGA